AUGGAAGUAUCUGAAGAAAGCAUAGAUAAUUUCAAGGAGUUCUGUGGUGUCAGUGACGAAGAUCUGGCAGUGCAAUAUUUGCGGCAUUGCCGAGGUGAUCUUCAAGCAGCCGUGCAGCUGUAUUUCCAGACUGAUGGUAUUCUCAGUGAUGAAGGCGGUGAUGAACGAGCAAAUGAUAUAGAUGAAGUACUGGAUUUUUCUCGAAACAGCCGGAAUCAGCUUACCAGCAACGACUCGCACAGCAUAGAAGCUAGCUCCUCUCGAUAUUCGGUUUCCAAUGCACGCGCGCCACAUUGGUCUAUUGCUCAGCCUUGGCACCAGUUCAUUGUUGCACUCCUUACAUUGCCGUUCAAUUUUGUGGUCACAACCGUAUUCGAUAUUAUGAAAUUCUUCCUGGAUCUAAUUUUUGGUGAGCGAACUCCAUCCAUUACUAACUUCCGUGAGGAUGUGGCAAACUUCCGACAUCUUGUCAACGAGGAGUUCGGCGAUAUUCAUGUGGACUUUUACGAUGGAACAUAUGAUGAAGCUUUUUCCGCUGCGUGCGAGGCUGAGACGCUUUUCGCAGUGUAUCUUUUCUCUCCUGAUGCUCGAUACUCAAACAGCAUGGUGCGUCAAGUGUUGGAGGACGAGUCUUUCGUCGAAACAAUGCUCAAUUAUAACGUUGUUCUGUGGGGAGCUGAUCCUCUUUCUUCGGCUGGCCAAGAAGUUGCGCGUCGCAUGAGGAUUUCAACGUUUCCUUGUUUCUUAGCUGUUUCCUCUCGUGAGCACAGCAUAGUGAUGCGCGUGGAAAUGCCCGUUGAUGCUCGUCAGAUAUGUCCCCUCUUGCGUCAAUGUGCUUUGGACGAGUUGGACCAGAGAGAAGAGGAACGCUUUAGGAGACGUGUUCUUCGUGAAAAUCGUGCAUUGAUGGAACAGCAAGAAAGAGAAUAUCGAGAGAGUGAAGAACGAGAUCGUGCGCUUUUGGCUGAACGUCGCCGUCAACAAGAGGAGAAGGAAAAAGAGAUACGCAAAAGGAAACAAGAGGAAAAAGAACGUCUUGCCAAGGUUGUUGAGCGCAUGCAGGCUCUUCGCAAUUUACGUGAGGAGUUCGUCGUUAGACAGAUUCCGGACGACUACGACGGGGAGGACUCGAUCAGAGUGCUUGUUCGUUAUCCUUCCGGAUCGACGAGUAAGCAUAGGUUCUCACCAAAGGAGAACGUGAAGAGUUUGUUCGAGGUGGUUUUUGCAAAGUCGUGUUGCCCAUGGUUCUUCGAAGCUUACUACGGUUUUCCUCGUGAGAAGCUCAACUUCUGUUCCUUGAGAUAUCACGAGCUAUUCAGCGACUAUCGCCUGUCUCAGAACCUGGAAUCUGAGCCAUGGGUGAUGCCGAAAACGUUUGAGGAACUAGGAAUUUAUCAAUCCGCAUACUGUGUGUUGCUUCCAGCAGCUAUACUUCGACUAUAA